UAUUUCUUAAUCUGUGAUUGACAAUUGUGGUUUUGGUACAGGGUUUGCGGUGUGUUUGUAUAAAAACAACAUAAAAUAUUGAAAAAUGCCAGAGUUAGAAAUAAAAAGAAAAGCGGACGAAUAUUCUGUUGUGCCAGCAAAAAAGACACGCCAUGAAAUAUCUGUUGCUGGUACUAGAGAAAAAGCUGUGGUUACUGCGACGGUUCCACGAACAUCUAAUCUGUACGCGCCGAUUAUGUUGCUAGAAGGCCAUCAGGGUGAGAUAUUCACUGCUAAAUUUCAUCCUGAGGGCAAGCAUCUUGCCUCUGCAGGGUUUGACAGACAAAUAUUUCUAUGGAAUGUUUAUGGCCAGUGUGAGAAUGUGAUGGUAAUGAAAGGGCACACGGGCGCCAUCAUGGAGCUGUGCUUCUCUCCAGAUGGCUCCCACAUGUACACAUGUGCAACAGAUAACACUGUAGCUGUAUGGGAUGUACCCACUGGCACAAGGAUUAAAAAGCUUAAGGGACACGCAAACUUUGUUAAUUCAGUUUCAGGAGCAAGAAGAGGGCCUGAACUUCUAGUGUCAGCUUCAGAUGACAAUACAAUAAAAUUGUGGGAUGCGAGAAAGCGAAACCCCAUUGCGUCACUAGAUAGUUCCUACCCAGUUACGUCUGUCUUAUUCAAUGAUACAGCGGAGAAGAUUAUUUCUGGAGGCCUUGAUAAUGUUAUAAAAGUGUGGGAUAUUAGAACUAAGACAGUUUCUUAUAAGAUUAAAGGACACACAGAUACAGUUACAGGUAUGGCACUCUCAUAUGAUGGUUCGUACCUGCUCUCAAAUUCAAUGGACAAUACACUAAGGAUAUGGGACGUGAGACCAUUCGCACCUUCAGAGAGAUGUGUGAAACUCAUGUCGGGACAUCAGCAUAACUUCGAGAAAAACCUGCUGAGGUGCGCCUGGUCUCCCGAUGGAUCUAAGGUGGCAGCUGGUUCAGCAGAUAGAUUCCUAUACAUUUGGGACACGACAUCGCGGCGGGUUUUGUACAAACUCCCGGGACAUAAUGGUGCGGUCAACGAUGUUAAUUUCCAUAGAAAUGAGCCAAUCGUCCUAUCCGCAUCUAGUGAUAAACAAAUUUAUUUGGGAGAAAUUGAUAAUUAGAAUAAAUUUUUAUUUUUUAAUUGCA